AUGGUGUCGUCAGACUCAUCGGUCGACUUGGCGGCCAUCAACACUCUCGAGUUGUUGGGCGACAACUCGGCCGCCAACUGGCACUCUUAUGCCCACUCCGUCGAGGUGCUGCUCUCCUCAGUCAUCGUCAGUGGAUAUACCCUUCGUUCCGUCGUGUUCCAGGAGGAGGGUGGACUCCAGCCCAUCGCCCCUUCCGCCCCCUCCGGACCUGCUCCCAACGAGCCCGGACCCGUGCCCGAGCCUUCUGGUGAUCCUCCCUCUUUCGCACCGAAUGUCAACAACCCACAAAGCGUGGAGACUGCCAUUCGUGCCUACCGCACCACACUGAACGACCACCUUCGCCGUCAACUGCGCCUUGAGGACGACAAGCGCACUUACGACGAUGCUGCUGCCCGCCACCGCGAAUACCUAGCCCAGCUCGCCACUUACACUACACGCCUCGCCACCUACACCACCGACAUCGUUGCGUGGCGCAUUGCUGAUCGUCGAACUCUCGCCAUCCUCCUCGCCACUAUACUAUCCCAACCUCCCUCAAACAAGAGCUCUCACCCACCUCCUCCUCCCACCUGUGGCAACUGCUUGCGUGACCCGCCCUCGGGUCGGGUCGGGUAG